CUUCCGCCGCCGCCGCCACCACAUCAACAACAACAUCAGCAAGGCAUCCAAAGCUUUUCAGAUUAUCAUAAUAUUGUCGCCGCUAACAACAUUACCAGCACCAAUAUUGCAAACGUUAACACCACAACUGCCGUUGCCGGUGGCAUCAAUAUAAAACCUGUUACCCCAACACCUGAUUCUUCUUCGGUUUACGAAAAUAAUGAUGUUGCUUGGCAUUUGACACGACUUGGAAAUCGUAUUGAUCAAAUGGAAAAAAAUAGAGAACGGCUAGAAACUUUUCAAAUUAAUGUUGAACGAAAUCUUGCCGAGUUGAAUAAAUUUUGUUUUAAACAAAAUUAA